GUUUCUGGAGUGGCUGAGGCAGCCAGCUGGAAAGGUGGCUUACAAGACAAGAGCAGGCAGCCGAGUCAACACAAAGUCAAAGGAAGAAGCAAGGGGUUUGGGGUGCGCUGGGCCGCGUGGCACGCCGCCCCCCACCCCCCACACACUGUUGUGACUGCACCUGCUGCAUGUGACCGCGGGCACUGAAGGCUGCCGCAGCCCCAGCGUGGUGACGAGGCAGCUGCAGCCCUGCCAGCGCCCGCCCAGCUCUCAUUGAGAAAAGGGGGAGCCGGCGCGGGACGAGGGGGGAGGAGAAGCUCCCCGCAGAGCAGCCCCACCGCGGAUCCGAGGAGCCUCCUGGAAUGGGCAGCCGACUGACUGUUGUGACGUGGCGAUUCCCUCGGGAGCCCCGGGAGUUGGAAGACGGCAGGGAGCAGCCCGCAGAGAGCAGCACAGGAUGAGGGGUGCAAUCCAUGGAACACGGGAGUUCUCUGCAAAGAAUUUAGCAGGCACCAAAGUGCUCUCUGGAGAAGGUGCCAGGAUUUGCCUGUCCUUUUACUCAGAGGAAAGGAGCCAGCAAGGACGAGUCUGAAGUAGCCCUGGGGCCUUUGGUCAUUGUUCCUCCUUCCCCCUGCUCAGGGCUAUUUGCUGACCUUUGCAGAGGAAUCUCAGUCCCUCCCAGUUCCAGCUGAGAAGACAGUUCUUAAUAAGAAUAAUAAAAAAAAAUUCCUGCUGUUUGAAUGGGAGGCGCAGCUUGCUUGCUGAGGUUCCUUUGGCUGUGACAUUUUGGAAUGUCUGCAAAAACUUAAAAAAAAAAAAAAAAAACAAACAAACCUUAAAAACUCCCUGGAUUAGUCAAGAGAAAAGGAAGUUUUUGCUAAAAAGAAGUAAGUGAGAGGUGGUCACUUAACCCUGAUCCAGGACCUGGAUAAUCCAAAUCUUCAAGUUCUAAGAACCAGCACUUCAAACCUAACAAAUAGACUAACAUGGGAAGGAGUGGCUGUGGGGAACCGAUGAAGCCUGAAACUGGUUCGGAACUUCGGGCCGUAUGAUGCCUGAAGACCGAAGUCCCGGGGGGCGCCCCUCAGGUGCUUUGGCGUCAAGUCCUUUCAUUGCUAAAACUACAUACAGAAGAAUCAAACGGUGUUUUAGUUUUCGGAAAGGCAUUUUCGGACAGAAACUGGAGGAUACUGUCCGUUAUGAGAAGAGAUAUGGAAACCGCCUGGCUCCAAUGUUGGUGGAGCAGUGUGUGGACUUUAUCCGACAAAGGGGGCUGAAGGAAGAGGGCCUCUUCCGACUGCCAGGCCAGGCUAAUCUUGUCAAGGAGCUGCAGGAUGCCUUUGACUGUGGAGAGAAGCCGUCAUUUGACAGCAACACGGAUGUACACACAGUGGCAUCACUUCUUAAACUGUAUCUCCGAGAACUCCCGGAACCCGUCAUUCCUUAUGCGAAGUAUGAAGAUUUUUUGUCCUGUGCCAAACUGCUCAGCAAAGAAGAGGAAGCUGGUGUUAAGGAAUUAGCAAAGCAGGUGAAGAGUUUGCCAGCGGUCAAUUACAACCUCCUCAAGUAUAUCUGCAGGUUCUUGGAUGAAGUACAGUCCUAUUCAGGAAUUAACAAAAUGAGUGUGCAGAACUUGGCCACUGUCUUUGGCCCUAAUAUCCUGCGCCCCAAAGUGGAAGAUCCUUUGACCAUUAUGGAGGGCACUGUGGUGGUCCAGCAGUUGAUGUCAGUGAUGAUUAGCGAGCAUGAUCACCUCUUCCCCAAAGACGCAGAGCUGCACGGCAAGCCCCAGGAUGGAGUGAGCAGCCACAACAACGACCUGCAGAAGAAGGCCGCCAUGGGUCAGCUACAGAGCAAGGAGAACACCUCCACCAAGGACAGUCCUGGAAGGCGGUGCUCCUGGGACAAGUCCGAGUCCCCCCAGAGAAGCAGCGUGGAUAAUGGGUCCCCCACAGCUCCAUCCGGCAGCAAAACCAGCAGCCCAAGGAACAGCCUUCACAAGCUGGAUGUCUCCAGGAGCCCCCCUCUCAUGGUCAAAAAGAAUCCCGCCUUCAAUAAGGGCAGUGGCAUAGUCACCAACGGGUCCUUCAGCAGCAGUCACACGGAAGGACUGGAGAAAGCCCAGACCACGCCCAAUGGCAGCUUACAGGCCAGAAGGACCUCCUCCCUGAAGGGGUCCGGAACCAAAAUGGGCACCCACAGUGUGCAGAACGGAACGGUGCGUCUGGGCCUUCUGAACACCGAUGCCCUUGGGAACCCGGCGAACGGUCGCAGCAUGAGCUGGCUGCCCAAUGGCUAUGUGACCCUGAGAGACAACAAGCAGAAGGAGCAGGCAGGAGAGUCGGGCCAGCACAACAGGCUCUCCACCUACGAUAACGUCCACCAGCAGUUCUCAGCAGUGAGCCUCGACGACAAGCAGAGCGUCGACAGCGCCACCUGGUCCACUUCCUCCUGCGAGAUCUCCCUCCCCGAGAACUCCACCUCCUGCCGCUCCUCCACCACCACCUGCCCGGAGCAGGACUUCUACGGGGGGACCUUUGAGGACCCUGUUUUGGAUGGGCCCCCGCAGGACGACCUUGCCCAGCCCGGGGACUAUGAAAACAAAAGCGACCGCAGGAGCGUGGGCGGUCGAAGCAGUCGUGCCACCAGCAGCAGUGACAACAGUGAGACAUUCGUUGCCAACAAUACCAGCACCCACAGUGCCCUGCACAGUUUAGUGUCCAGCCUGAAACAGGAAAUGACCAAACAGAAGAUCGAGUACGAGUCCAGGAUAAAGAGCUUAGAACAGCGAAACUUGACUCUGGAAACAGAGAUGAUGAGCCUCCACGAUGAACUGGAUCAAGAAAGGAAGAAGUUCACGAUGAUAGAAAUCAAGAUGCGAAAUGCCGAGCGAGCAAAGGAAGAUGCGGAGAAAAGAAACGACAUGCUUCAGAAAGAAAUGGAGCAGUUUUUUUCCACGUUUGGGGAGCUGACAGUGGAACCCAGGAGAACAGAGAGAGGAAACACGAUAUGGAUCCAGUGAGCCCACUUUCUCCUAAGGUCUUCAGUGGAUCUGGGAAAACUCUGGGGGUUCUGGUGGGAAUAUUAUAGGGGAUCAGGUGGCUGGUCACCUGGCUGUACAGAGUUCUAACUGAGGAAGGCAUAUCAUUUACAGACAUGUUUCAUUCAAAUCUCAUUCAAAUCAAAUACAAUGUGUACCAAAGUCGUAUCAUGCCCCAUAAUGCUACUGUCAAGUGUUACAACUGGAUAUGUGUAUAUAGAGUAGUUUUUAAAAAAAGUAAACUAAAAAUGAGAAGCAUAUCUCAAGAAUUAUUUUAUUGCAAGUCUUGUAUUUAAAAUGUUAAAUCAGUAUGUUGUUGCAAUUUAGCUUGCUUUCAAGCUUCACCCCUUGCACUUAACAUAAGCUAUUUUUGGCAUUGUGUUAUCAUCAGCUUAUUUUAUAGAUCAAUAUUUUUAUUUCCCCUUUUGCUGAGGAAAUGAAGAUAAGCAGAUAUAUAAAUAUAUAUAAAUAUAUAUAAGAUGAGUUAUUAAAAUCAAGAGAAUACUUUGUGGCUGUGCUGUUUGUGCCAAUAGACCUUGCCAUGACCAAAAAGAGGGAUGUAAAUAAUUUUAUAAAAUAUGGUAGAAUCAAUAGGAACCUUUGCACUGCUCUAUACAUUCUGCCGUUGACCCUGAUCAGUUUUCUUGGUGAGAUGAUUUGACACAGGAAACUUUGGACUGUGUAAAAAAAAAAAAAAAAAAAGGCCCCUUCUCAAGCCCCUUGUCUGUCUUGCCAGUUCCACAGAUGCAUGUCUCCUAUGCUGGAUGCACCUUAGAGGGGGAAAAAUGGUUUAAAAAAAAAAAAAAGAGAGCAUUUAAGUAGUCAUGCCUUGAAGUACUCUAUCCUUUUGCUGGAUGAUGGUUAUGAGAGAAGUUCUUCUUGUUGUUGGGAAAUUGAGAAAACAAUGCUUGCUAGCAGUGCCCCUGUGAGCACCUGUCCUCCACUCCAGCCCCUCCCCUCCACACUCACACCCAUCCCCAGACAACUGCCCUCUGGAAUGCUGGCAGUGAAGUAGUGUACUGUGUCUGUCUUAGCUAAAUUGCUAGAGUAUGUGCCGUGUAUUCUUUCACUCAGGUCGACUGUUCUGUUGUCAUCUUUCUGAACAACAGCAGGCAAAGGCAGUUUGCAGCAAGAGGGAGGGGAUGGGGGGUUGGGAGAAAGACCAGAAGGAGGAGGAGACAAGUUUGGAAGGAACAAACCAACUAUUUUGCUUCUAGUUUGAACAAUAUUGUUCUUCCCUGUUGAAAACAUACUUAUUCACAAUAAUUCUGAAGUGUGGAUCUUUGAAGGUCCAAUUUUGAUAAAUUUGUGAGCCUCAGUAAUGAUAACUUUCUAGAGAAGCCCAGGGCUCUGUGGAGCUAGAGUUUGGGGAGAACAAUUCUUCACCAUUGAAAUAAGGCAAUGACUUUGAGAAGCAAAGCAAAUAAAUCUUUCUCACGCUAGAACAAAAAGUCACAAAAGGCAUAAUCAGAAAUAAAUACUACUUGAGUUUAUGGGA